AUGGGUGUCCUUGAGCAACUUAACCGCAAGUCCGGCGUCAUUGUUGGUGACGAUGUUCUCCGUCUUUUCGAGUACGCUAAGCAGAAUGGUUUUGCCAUCCCCGCCAUUAACGUCACCUCCUCUUCCACUGUUGUUGCAUCUCUCGAGGCUGCUCGGGACCAGAAAUGUCCCGUUAUCCUGCAGGUCUCCCAGGGUGGUGCCGCUUUCUUCGCGGGUAAGGGUGUGAGCAACGAGGGCCAGAAGGCCUCCAUUGCUGGUGCCAUUGCCGCGGCCCACUACAUCCGUAGCGUGGCCACCGCCUACGAUAUCCCCGUCAUCCUUCACACCGAUCACUGCGCCAAGAAGCUCCUCCCUUGGCUCGAUGGCAUGCUCGAUGCCGAUGAGGCUUACUUCAAGCUGCACAACGAGCCCCUCUUCUCCUCCCACAUGAUUGAUCUGUCUGAGGAGUCCUUUGACUACAACAUCAACACCACCGCCGCCUACUUCAAGCGCGCUGCUCCCAUGAAGCAGUGGCUCGAGAUGGAGAUUGGUAUCACCGGUGGUGAGGAGGAUGGUGUCAACAACGAGGAUGUUGACAACAACUCCCUCUACACCCAGCCCGAGGACAUCCUGGUCAUCCAGAAGACCCUCGCUGCCAUCAGCCCCUACUUCUCCAUUGCCGCUGGCUUUGGUAACGUCCACGGUGUCUACAAGCCCGGCAAUGUCAAGCUCCACCCCGAGCUCCUCUCCAAGCACCAGAAGCACGUCAAGGAGCAGACCGGUUCUUCAUCCGAUAAGCCUGUCUUCUUCGUCUUCCACGGUGGCUCUGGCUCCUCCAAGGAGGAGUUCAAGGAGGCCAUCAGCUACGGUGUCGUCAAGGUCAACGUCGACACUGACAUGCAAUACGCCUACCUGACCGGUAUCCGUGACUUCGUCCUCAAGAAGAAGGAUUACCUCAUGUCCCAGGUCGGUAACCCCGACGGUGCUGAUAAGCCCAACAAGAAGACCUUCGAUCCCCGCGUCUGGGUUCGUGAGGGCGAGAAGACCAUGAGCGUGCGUGUUAAGGAGGCCCUUGAGGACUUCAACACUGCUGGCCGGCUGUAA